UAUGAAAUUCAAAUUUAGAUAGAAAAGGAGUAAUUUUGUUGGAACAAUUAUGCUUGACUUGUAAUUAGCAUAUGUGGAAAUGUUUUAAAGAAGAAAGAAGAAAUGCGUCGGGGUUUACAACUAUAGUUAUAACUUACCCUGCAUGCCAUCUAUAGGUAUCAACGCUACCAAGGUGCCCUCCCGUUAUUCACAUCACCUUAUUGAGUAUCGGCUCAUAAAACAUGGUUUAAUGGAAACUUGUGAUCUACUUUGCGAAGUUAUUUCGUUAACAGUGUUCAUUUUUUGGGAAUUUAUGCGCAAGGAAUUAAAACAAUCAGAUCAAAUGCCCAUUUCGUGCAUAAGUGACUAGGAUUUAUCGUUAAAUGUCGAAACAAAAAUAAAUUUUAUCCAAAUGCCUCUUUUCGCCACUACUGUAAACAAUCUGUUACAAUAUUUUCAUGAUUCAAAGACUGAAAGCAACUCUGCUUAAACAGCUGUGUGAUGGCAUAGAAAAACAUUUAAAAUGUAUGCGAUCACUUAAUUCCAUGGUGUAAAAAACAACACCAAGAAAUGGCUCCAACUGGCAGUUUCUUACUUGGGGAAAGUGGAGCAGUUGGUUUUCAAUUACGGGUGCAGCAACUAUUUAAUAUCAAUAAUUAAGUGUGAAGUAAAUUGUUUAAAAUAAAUAUAUAUUUGUACUUUGAAAAUGUUUGUUGAAACAUGCAUUGCACCUGUGAACAUAGCACUAAUCAAAUAUUGGGGAAAGCGACAUGAGGAACUCAUAUUACCCAUCAACGACUCGCUCAGUGUGACCCUUAACACCGACGAGAUGUGCGCUAAGACAACAGCAGCUGCUUCAGCUUCCUUUAAAGAUAACGUCAUGUGGUUGAAUGGCGAAAUGGUACCAUUUGAGCAGAACGCACGGUUAAUACGUUGUGUGAAGGAAUUACAAAAAAUUGCAAUUGCUAAAGGAAAACUGAAGUUCCCCAUAGUGUGGAAACUACACAUAGCAUCGCGCAAUAAUUUUCCCACUGCUGCGGGUUUGGCGUCAAGCGCAGCUGGUUACGCUUGUCUAGUAUAUACACUUGCGCAACUGUAUGGCGUGGAAAAUGAAGAAUUAACGGCGAUUGCUCGCCAAGGUAGUGGUUCUGCAUGUCGCAGCUUACAUGGCGGUUUUGUACGCUGGCAUAUGGGUAUACGUAAUGAUGGUAGUGACUCAGUAGGAUUUCCCAUUGUACCUGCAGAACAUUGGCAGGACUUUCAUAUUCUCAUAUUGGUGGUAAACGAUUCACGUAAGAAAACAAGCUCGACUAACGGUAUGAAACGAGCUGUAGAAACAUCAGAUUUGUUAACAUAUCGUGCGCAACAUUGCGUACCACAGCGUAUAGCGGCAGUGAUCGAUGCAAUCAAAAACCAUGACUUCCCUAAGUUGGCAGAAAUUACUAUGCGCGAUUCGAAUCAAUUUCAUGCAAUUGCAUUAGACACAUUUCCACCAUGUAUAUAUAUGAAUGAUGUUUCACAUGCAAUUGUCGAAUUUGUUCACGCUUUUAACAAAGAAACAGGCGAAGUAAAGUUGGCUUAUACUUUUGAUGCCGGACCAAAUGCUUGCCUAUUUCUUUUGGAAAAAGAUGUAAGUGCUGCAUUGGCAGCAAUACAAACCAGUUUUCCAAAUGAUGAGGGAGAGAGUGCAGAAUAUGUUAAGGGCAUACCUAUAAGGCGUAAACCCAAAGAGGUCGACGCCUUCUACAAUAAUAGUACUUUACAUAAAAAUGACAAAAAUCUCCUUAAAUAUAUAAUUCAUACAAGAAUUGGUACAGGACCACAACGUCUCGAUGAAAGCAAAAGUCUUUUGAAUAUCGGUAAUGGCUUUCCACUUGAAAAUUAAGAAAAAACCGCCUUUGGGAUAUAUUUAUUUAAGUCAUAAGCAGAAAAAGGUAAACAUUGUGAUCGAAGAGAAAUUGUUCAAUAAAUAUUUUUUUACAUGUGUAUAUCAAUAAUAAUAAUAAUAAACGGUACGGUAUAUUAAAUAUUAGUUAUAUCGUAAAGCUGUUUGCUUUUUAAGCUUUAACGUCACGUGGACUACGAAAAGAGUUUGCUUUGGAAAAUUAAUAAUUUAUACAUAAGAGUGAUUUUUUAAAUUAUUGAAACGAUUUUCUUUUCUUCUUAUUUAUAAAUUAUUUACAACUAAUCGAAAGAGAUAGAAGUUAAGUAAAAUAAUAAACAGGGAAAUUUAUAAAUCGUUUCGGCAACUCUAUUACCAGCUAUCUUAUCACCCCAUUCGUUUUUUGCCAUUUUUGUUUUUAUUUGCUAAUCGUACCUCAAUUACGUUUGUCAGCUGAUUAAGGCCACCAGAUCAAAAACUGAUUAGUUCAGGUGUGGAAAUUAUGAGAUUUUUAGUUUUUAGUGCCUAAAUUACCUUAUGUAAAAAUUCUGAAAAAAUAUCAAGCGAGUGAGGUUAAUUAGACACUUUAUAAUGCAUUGUACUUUGACUAUAUUAUUCAUGUGUAAUAUUUUGUGGAAUAAAAAGAAUAAAGUUAUUUUUAUAUUCGUGAUGGUAUGGCAACGGUCACAAUAUUUUCACACAUGCACACAAACGUGAGCUUAAAAACUUAUUCGUUCGUGUCAUUAUUUAGUUGAACAGGAAGAAAACGGAAAAUAUUUCUUUUCUUGAUCAUAGAUCUUUUAUAGGGGCGGAGUUCGUAAUAAAAAGUGGAAAAUUACUUAAAAAUUUAUUGUGUUUUACUUUGGUAGGAGAAGUACUAAAGGAUGUGCCAUUGGUAGAAGUUGUCAUCUCGUUCCAUUAAAUUAGCAUUCUAUUCAAAUAUUUAUUGUUAUCAAUAUUUGUCUGUUGAAUUUGUUGUUGUCGUUGUUGUUUGCAAAAAUAACACACAACUCACAAGCAAACACCCACACUGCACUUGAACUGACACCCUAGCGGCACACCAUGCAACGCAAACUGUUGCUCUAUGCGCUGCUCUUCUUGGCGGUGACGUCACAAAAAUGUCAUGUAGUGGAAAGUGGCGGCCCGCCCAGCGAUACCAUGGGCACAAUAGCCGCCAAUCGCUAUAAUGCCGAGCAGCAGCAGCAUCAACACCAACAGCAUCAUCUGCACACAGCGGCACAUCAUCAAGGCGGUACUGGUGGUGGCGGCGGCGGUGGCAGUAACAGCGUUGUGCCGGCGCCCGCAGCGCCAACAGCCGCCCCACACGCUUUAUACCAUCCAUCGCCAUCGGGAAGUGGCCACAUGGAGCAUCGCAAUUCAUAUAAUCUGUUAAGCGAAGCAAUGUCGCAGGCUGUCAGCAAUGAAUUCAGUUCACUGGGCAGUGGUUCAGCGGAUGGUGCUUGUCAUGCAGACGAUUUGGAUUGUUAUAGUGGAAAUGUGCAAGAUCGUUUGGGUAUGGAGGCUAUACGUACGCUGCAUCGCCAGCUCGAUGAUGACGACAAUGGCAAUAUCGAUUUGAGCGAAUCGGACGACUUUUUACGCGAAGAACUCAAAUAUGACUCCGGCUAUGAGAAACGUCAGAAAGCGUUCCAUUUUAACGAUGACAUGCACAUUUCGGUGAAGGAGCUGUGGGAGGCGUGGCUACGUUCGGAGGUGCAUAACUGGACCAUGGAGCAAACUUCAGACUGGUUGGCACAAUCAGUGCAAUUACCACAAUAUGUCGAACUAUUUCGUUUGCAUAAAGUGACCGGUGCUACAUUGCCAAGAUUGGCAGUAAAUAAUAUGCAUUAUGUGGGCAAUGUGCUGGGCAUAAAGGAUCCCAUUCAUAAGCAGAAAAUUGCGCUCAAGGCGAUGGACGUUGUGCUUUUCGGACCGCCGCGUGAGACCGGCACACGCUGGAAAGACUACAUUUUAGUAACGCUAUUACUCAGUGCAAUUAUAGGUUGUUGGUAUGCAUAUCAACAGAAUAAGAAUGCUAAAAGACAUUUACGACGUAUGGCUCAAGAUAUGGAGGGACUACAGCGCGCCGAGCAGAGUUUACAAGAGAUGCAAAAGGAAUUGGAACGUGCGAGAAUGGAGCAGGAAAAUGUUGCUACUGAAAAAAUGGAUUUGGAACGUCGACUUAAAGAGGCUCCCACACUUUCAUCAUCCAGCUCUGAUCUGGAGGUACAAAAGUUGAAAAAAGAAAUCGAAAUAUUGCGUACUGAACUUUCACGCGCUGAAAUCGAAUUGGUGGAUAACUGCUGGACACCGCCACCACAAUUACAAUCCUGGCUGCAAUACACUUACGAAUUGGAAAGCAAGAAUCAUUUGAAGAAACGUGUUUCCGCCGAAAAGCAAUUGCAAUCAGCGCGGGAAGCAUGUGAGAAAUUGCGUAAGAAACGUUCAAGCUUAGUUGGUGCAUUCGUCUCGACGCAUGGCAAAAGUAUUGACGAUGUCGAUCGCUCUAUUGUGGAGGCGCGAAAUUCGCUCAGUGAGGUGACAAACGAGUUGCAAGAGCGUCUGCAUCGUUGGAAACAAAUUGAGAAUUGUCUGGGCUUUAAUAUUGUCAACAAUAAUGGUUUACAGUAUCUGGAGAAUGUAUUAUACAAUCGUAAUGGCGGCAGCAGUGUUAGCUCCAAUAAGGGUUCACGAGGCCGCAUAACGAGCAGCAGCGAUGAUUUAGACGAUGAAUCUGUGCAAGGUAUGUUGGACAGCUAUAGUCGCAGUUCGGUGGGUUUAAGCGGUGGCAACAGCGGCAUCCUAAAUAAUAACUCCAAUGCGCUAUGUGAUGAUUCGUCGGGUAGUGAGGACGCCAGUGAGGGUCCUCCGCAUGCGCCGGUACAAUUUAUAUUAGGUGGUGCGCCCACACCCUCGUUGAAGGGCGCCACUUCAACAGCAGCCGCCACAACAGGUGUCGUUUCACGCGCUGGUGCUGCUGUCAACCACUCGUCACUAGAUGUGAAUUCGUCGAAUCAUAUUGGCAGUUUGGGAAACUCAACGAACGCUAUUGGAACAUCCGGUGUGACGAGUGUAAUCGCGCCAAAUGCAACCCCACCACCCUUACCGCCGCACAAUAAUGCUUACAAUUCGAGUUACUUUUUGAAUGAUAGCCAACUUUUGCGAUCCCAAAGCACGGAUCUGGUACCAAUGGAAAUCUACACGUUCCUUAAUAGACAUCAGCAACAGCAUAACACGAAACCCAACAAUAAUGGCAGCAACAGCAACAACCACAACAGCCUAUCCACGGGACAACAAUUCAUUGGCACCGGAAGUGGAAUUGGUGGAAAACUUAGCGGAACCAACAAGAAGAUGGUCAAGCAGCACAGCACAACUAGCCAACAGUCCACAUCAUCCACAUCAUCGUCCGUCCAUUCAACACCAUCCGCACCCGGUGCACUCGGCGCAGACGCAUACAGUGGCAGUGGCAAAGGACAAUCCCCUGGACGUUGGUCAUCACAUGAGCGCAUCUUGCCAAUCCAUCAACAACAGCAACAACAGCAGCAGCACGAACCUCAAAUGCUUAUUUGGCAGUCAAUGCAGUCUGUGCAGCACAAACAGCCAAACGCCGCUCACGGACAACAACAGCACCAGCAAUCAGCGCAGCACGCUGGAGAUAAAGAGUUGUUCAUGCAGCCCCAUUACACAGCAAUUGCUGGAAAGCCGCCCACUGUCGGCGCAAUACCCGCACAAUACCAGCAAUUACCCACCUCGCUUAGCCUGCAAUCGCUGUGCGGGGGGCAGACACCACAGCAUGGGAAUGACAAUAUCAGCCUCGGCACCGCCAUCGGCGCCGCCACCGCCACCACCACAUCUGCGGCAACUGCUGCGUCGGCAUACAGUGAUACCCAAAUGGAGGACCAACUGUUGCUCAGUGCCGACAGCGCCAGUCUCGAUGGCGGCGCCACCAUUAAGAAGCGAAAACGGCGUCUACGAUUCCCCUUCGGUGGCGGACACCGCAAAUCCGCCAGCAAUGCUAGCGCUAGCAGCGGCAGCACCGUCAGCGUCAGCGUCAGCUCAAACAAACAUACAUAGCUCGCAUAGCGUUGGCUGUCUGACAGCCUCCUACAGCGGUACCGCCGCAAAUGUGGAGGAUGCGUUGACGAUGCAGAAGGGACAAGAACAACAGCAGCAGCAAGGCAACGAUGACGACCGAAUGUACGAUGUUAUGGACAAUGAUGAUUUUUUCAAAGAAAACUUAUAUAAACGUAAUAGUAGCCACAAAACUGGCGAUGCGCAUGCCGACUCAGAGGCGGAGGCAUACUCUCAGGUUACUUUGAAUUUUGCUAAACGCGCCGCGCACGCCGCAACGACUGCGCGUCAAUUGAACGAUCAUGACAAUAAUAAUUUUAGUGAUACCCAACGCGACUUAAGGAGCACGCCUACAAGUGGCUUCACGAUAACGGCCACCUAAUACUGUGGUCGAACGAAAUACUUAUAUUUUUUAAAACACAAAUAUUGCAGUCUUCCAAAAGAUGUGCGUGCGAGUACUUAAUUUUACAUAGUUGUGCAUACGAACGUAUACUAAUUGGAGAAGGCAACAUAAAUACAUUGCAUGCAAACACACUCACACAGACACAGACAUAGAACAUAGUCACCCUGAUCUCCGAAAGCAUGAACAACUCCUAGAAAUGUGCUCCGAAGUCAUGCUAUGCCACAUCAAUUCAGUGCUUCCUCGCAUUGCAAAUAGUUUACAAUCUAAAGCAGUUUAGUUUGCAAAACAAUAAUUUGUGUUACGCUUGCGCAAAACGCUAAGUGAAAAUAAAUUAAAUAUUUUGUACCAAAACACAUAGUUAAUAUUUUUGGUGAGAUCUGCAGACCAAGGCGGUACUUCAGCGUACAUAUAUUGGCAUAAUUAUAGACAUAAAGAAAAUUUGUUUUAUAAAAAUUCAAAUUGUAGUUUUUUAACUUGCUCCAAAAUAUUGACGUUGAAGUGCUAUUUGGUACGCAGCUCUAUGGCAUCCAUACAAUAACAAAAUUAUUUCUUAAAAAAAUGAAAAACCAAUUAAAUUUACUUUAUAAAUAAAAAUUUACGAAAGUUUCAUUUGCAAAGCAUUUCAAAUAUACAUUUUUCGUAAUGAAGCAGCCAAUAAUUUGAGUGCUUCCCAAAGCAAAUGCGAAGACAACACUAGUAGCCAAAUAAAGUUACAAAAAUUUUUUGUUGCAAAUACUGUUAUGAAAACCGAUUUUUUUUUGUGCAAAUAAUAAGAAAGUUAGUUCAAUAUUUGUAAUGGAACGUGCAGAAUGUAAAUAGUAAACAUCAACUUGAGACAUUUUGUUUUGGUUCCAUCCAUACUAGACGUACUUGUAUUGUAUUACGGUAAUUGUAAUCUUUCUCGAAUUUGUAACACGAGUGACGACACACUCUCGUAUUUUAUAGAAAUUGUUCCAAAAGUGCCUCAGCGAAAUCACGAUAUUUACAUCGUAAUUAGUAAAUAAGUUGUGAGAUUUAUUUUAUGUUUUUUGUAAAUAAGUUAUUGGUAAAAUUUUUAUUUCUUUAAAUUUUGUAAUGCGAAAAUAUGCAAAAACAACACACAGAUUUUUAAAAUUUUAUAAGAUCUAUAAUGGUCUGUAAUUUUUAAUCAAAAUAAAUUCAAAAAGGCAUGAAAUAAAAAUUGCAAAAAAAUUGAAAAAUUACGAUGCCACUCUUUAGAAAAAUAAACUUAGACUCAAACUUAACUUUUUUAACCUGCAUAAUUUUUAAAAAAUUUAAACCAAAACCUCUGUGUAGUUUUGUGAAUUAUUUGCACGCAACUGGUCGCCUAAAAGCACAGUUAGACCAGUAUAGAACUGAAAAUCUCGCCAUUAGAAGCAAAAAAGACAACUUGAAAAAAAAAUGAACUCUUUAAAUUUUCAUAAUCAUCUCUGUGUAAUGUUUUUGGUCUAUUAAAUUUGUAUUGGAAUCAUUUUUUAUUUAAUAUAAACACUUAUAAUUUGCACCUUAAAUCAUUGGACUGAUAUUUCCUUGGCUAUGAAACGUAUUAAAUGCGAUGAUAAUAUUGUAUUACUUUUAAAAAUGCAUAAAUGAUUUUUAAGUAUGUUUAUAUUAUACCAUACAUGAUGCUGUGUAUGAACUUACAGACAAACGUUACGUCGAAUACUUACUUAAUUUGGUAUUAAUUGCAGACAUUACCUAAAUAAAUAAUAUAUAAUAUUAGUAUAUUAUGUAUCUACCUAAAUGAUAGCAAUAUUUAUAGCAUAAUAGCGUUAUACAUACUUAAUACAUACAUACAAUUAUCCAUGCGGAUAAAGAUUUUAGCAAUAUUAGUACUAAUUUGUAAACGAAAAUUUUAAAAAAUAUACAUACAAGUAAAAAUGUAUGUGUGUGUGAGAAGAGAAACAAAUUUAUGUCACACACCAAACACUAAGCACUAUACCUAGCCACAAAACGAAUGAAAACUUAAAAUAAAAACAAUAAUGUAUUAAAUUAUAUUUGUAAUAUAGAGCAAAAUUCGCCACAAUUAAGCAACAACGAUAGACGCAAGAAACCUUUUCAGCCAAAUUGCUGAGAAAAUUAUACCAUUAUAUACCUUUUAAUAAAAAUUACCUAAAAA